CUUUUAGGAGGGGAUAGGAAAUAGAUUCAUCUUCCUACUCCCUAACAAAGGCAACUGAAUGGUGAAAAUUGCCUCCUGGGACAUGUCAGCUGCAAAACAGCAGAGGGUACUGCAGGGCCAGCCUGCUCGGGCAGAGCUGCAGGGGAGGGCUGCGUGCCCAGGCGCAGACUGCAAUCACGGGGAGGCAACGCAGCCACGCACGGACUCAGUUUUGCCAGUGGGUGAAGAGCUGCAGAGCCGUGUGCUGAGCCUGACAGAUGUUGAUGUCUGUAAAUGUCAAGUGAGGAAAAUAUGCUUUACUUCCUAAAACCACGUGUCCUGCUGCAUUGACAUGGCACACCACAUCCCAGAAAGUGAAGCACUUCACUGAAUGUUACAACCUUUUAUCUGGGAACUUCCCGUGGCACGUGGAGCAUCACAGCCAUCUGGGAAGAUGAUGAUGUGCCUUAUGUGAUUCCUUCAGCACCUGUCCUCUGUCCUGGGCUGGCCCAGAGAGAGCUGGCUGCCCUGCAUUUGUGUGUCCUGUAGGAACUGGAGUGAAACCAGCGUUAUCUGGCAGCCAUCGGGAUUGCCUUUUUGGAGCAGGCCAGCCAUUCAUCUCGCCUGGGCUUCAACGUCUGAGAGCGCGACCUGAUGUCUGGAGGUAAUGCCUUGGAGAGAGCGCAGGACACCUGAUUGGAGAAACUGUACUAAUUUACCAGCAAGGGACAUUUUCUUCUGACAGCCAGUUGCUGCUAAUUUAGUGUUUUCAGGUUCCUUGCGCCCUUCUCUUCCCCAGACUUCAAGACAGAGCAGAAACUGGUGACAUGCAAGGAAAAGGCACUGGAUACUCUUCCACCUAGCAAGUGACACUGCUGCUCCAGCAAGACAUUAACAGAGCUUCAAGAAAAAAAGAAAAAUAAAUACCCUGGAUACAACAAGAUGCUCUUGGGGGCUUCUGCAGCCCCUUGUUUGCCCCCAUGAAGAAAGCUUGACAGCAAGUCCCAAAUAGUCCUUUAUGGCUUUGAACAGGAGAACAUCCAUCCCCUUCAUCUCUGGGCCACCACAAAGAUGGCCUCCCACCAGCUGGGCCACGACCAGGCAUGUGGGGUUGGGCUGUGGAGCCAUGGCAGGUGGGUGCAGGAGGUGAGGGCCUGCUCUGGUGUGGCCCCCUAAGAAGAGCCAACAUUUCCUCCUUCCCAACCUGAAAAGAUGGCUUCCUGGAGGUGCACAAAGCCUGGACCCUGCCCCUCCACUGACCUGUAUUGUGUCAAAGUAUUAAAAAAAAAAAAAAAAAAUUAACAAAUAAGAUUAUGCUAUCUCUUUGUUUUUUUUCUUUUAAUUUUUUUUCCUCCCAUGGCAAUGCUGUAACUCUUCUGCCAGCUUCAAGCUUGCAGGCCCGCCUUCAGAGCUUGACAUGGGACUCCUCACCCUGCCAUCCGAGCACAGGGGACAGCAUUGGUGGAUGGUGGUUCUCACUAAAAAGGUGACCACAAAGCGUCCAGAAAUGUUUGUCACUGAGCUGUAAGGUAUAACUGCAGACAACCCCUCUACCAAAGUCUGUAUCGGAGCCAUCUGUAGAGAGCCAGAUAUGUUUUCCUUUGGGCAGUUGCCAUCUGUCUACAUGCUUUAUGGCUUUUCACUUUAGUAUUAAAUGCUCUCCAAGUUAAUCAGUAAACGCGCUUUGCUGUAUUUUACUUAAUACCCUCUGAAGCAGUGGGAGUGGGCUGGGUGCUUCUUCCCCCCCCAUGUCGGCUGUGGGGAGCCCCAGAACAGCCCCUGCAUGGGGCUGGUGGUGUGGGGUGGCUCCCCCAUGCCCCCCCAGGAGGGGGGACCGCCACCUGCGAAGGUGUUGCUGGCCCCAUUGCACACUGGGUGUGAGGGUUUAUAAGCAAUGGUACAGGAUGUGUGUGGUGCCUCUCAGGAACUUUGGCCCUGGGAGGAGGACGGCGGCGCUGGGGCGGAGAGCCACCAUGGGGGAGCGUGUUGCGGAGAGGGCACAUCAGAUGAAGAUGAGACGCCAUAAGCUCUUUCUGACUCUCUGCAUGGCUGGUCUCUGCCUCAUCUCCUUCUUGCACUUCCUCAAGGCCCUUUCCUAUGUCACCUUCCCCCGGGAGCUGGCUUCGCUUAGUCCCAACCUCGUCUCCAGCUUCUUCUGGAACAAUGCCCCCGUCACACCUCAGGUCAGCCCUGAGCCAGGGGGUGCAGAGGUCCUCCGCACACCCCUGUACUCCCACUCCCCCUUGCUCCAGCCCCUGCCUCCCAGCAGAGCCAGCGAAGAGCUGCACAAAGUUGAGUUUGCACUGCCGGAAGACACAACAGAAUAUUUUGUCCGUACCAAAGCCGGCGGCGUUUGCUUUAAACCAGGCACCAAGGUGUUGGAGAAGCCACCAGUGGGAGGGCGGCCAGAGGAGCGAGUGGACGGUGCAGCCUUGGGGCGGCCAGCUCGCAAGCCGCUGAGUGCCAGCGGGACCAAGCGGCGCAAGUGGGUGGAGUGCGUGUGCUUGCCAGGCUGGCACGGCCCCAGCUGUGGGGUCCCCACUGUGGUCCAGUACUCCAACCUGCCCACCAAGGAUCGCCUUGUGCCACGGGAGAUCCCCCGGCGGGUCAUCAAUGCUAUCAAUGUCAACCAUGAGUUUGACCUGCUGGACGUCCGCUUCCACGAGCUGGGAGACGUGGUGGACGCCUUCGUGGUGUGUGAGUCGAACUUCACAGCCUACGGAGAGCCACGGCCUCUCAAGUUCCGUGAGAUGCUCCUCAACGGCUCCUUCGACUACAUCCGCCACAAGGUGCUCUACGUCUUCCUGGACCACUUCCCCGCCGGUGGCCGCCAGGACGGCUGGAUUGCUGAUGACUACCUGCGCACCUUUCUCACCCGGGACGGCAUCUCUCGCCUCCGCAACCUGCGCCCGGACGAUGUCUUCAUCAUUGAUGAUGCUGAUGAGAUCCCGGCCCGUGAUGGUGUGCUCUUCCUCAAGCUCUAUGACGGCUGGACGGAGCCCUUUGCCUUUCACAUGCGUAAGUCGCUCUACGGCUUCUUCUGGAAGCAACCAGGCACCUUGGAGGUGGUCUCGGGCUGCACCAUGGGAAUGCUCCAGGCUGUCUAUGCUACUGACGGGAUCCGUCUGCGGCGCCGUGAGUACUACACCAUGCCUGGCUUUCGGCAGUAUGAGAACAGCACAGGACACAUCUUGGUGCAGUGGUCACUGGGCAGCCCCCUUCACUUUGCUGGUUGGCACUGCUCCUGGUGUUUCACCCCAGAAGGGAUCUACUUCAAACUGGUGUCAGCCCAGAACGGGGAUUUCCCCCGCUGGGGUGACUAUGAAGAUAAAAGAGACCUCAAUUAUAUCCGGGAGCUGAUCCGGACUGGUGGCUGGUUUGAUGGUACUACGCAGGAGUAUCCCCCCGCUGACCCCAAGGAGCAGAUGUACGCUCCCAAGUACCUGCUCAAGAACUACCAGCGGUUCCGCUACUUGCUGGAGAACCCCUACCGAAAAGUGGAGGGUGCUGGGUGAGGCCACCAGGGCUCGCGUGGGAAAUGAGAACUUCACAACAAAAGGAGAGUCGGGUGUUUUCGUCUGUUCUCUUUUUUUUGUUUGUUUUCUUUGGUUCUGGAUGGGGUGUGCCAUUUCUCCAGGGUCUCUGCCCUCUCUCCCUCCCUCCCUUCUCUUCCCUUCCCAGGGUGAUGCCUGGGGACACAAAUUCCUGUCGUGUGAAGGGCAGGAGGAGAAGAGAUGUUGGGGACCUACUCUGGCAGUAGCAUAAAGACUUUCCUGCAUCUUCCAGACCUCUCCUGCUGGCUGGAGAGAAUCUCUGCAGCCAGCUGGCAGAUUUUCCUCUGGGGGAGGCUGGAAGGGUCCCAUGGGGAGAGAGGGCAGCUGUUCCUGUUCACCCUCAUCCUUUGUGGAUCGGAGCAAGCACAGAUGCGAGCCUGGGCUAUUCAGUGAGUGUGUGAGUCAGCAGGCACAAACCAAUGCGAGCGGUCACGUGUGCAGAUGUGUGUCACAGGCAUUUUUUUGGAUGAGUGAAUGUGCAAAAGCAUCUCAGUAUGCGUUUAUUUUUUGUAUACCUCUAUAUUCAAAGAGUAUUUGGGGGAAGGGAAAUCGUUUGCUUCCAAGGUGUUCUCCUCAAGAUGCAGCCUCCUCCCGCAGGCUUAAUGCAUCUGUCUUGGGCUGUGUCUUGCCCUGAUGCUCUACCAAUCCUGGAGCAGGCAGAUGGGAAGCAGAGGAGAAAGCUGAUUUUUUUUUUUUUAAACUCCUUUUCACCCCUGCCCCCACAACACUGCACUGGUUUGGCCCACAGAAGCUGAAGCAUCUUCCCUGCAGCACGUGCUUGUAUUGGAGCUGGGAUAAGCUGCAGGGGACUUAAUCAGAUGGUGGGAGUGUAUGUUUACAAGUGCAUGGUUUCCUAUGUGCAUGAGUACUAACAUGCAUGGUUUUGGUAUGCACGUGGGCGUUCGUUACCAGUAUUGGGGGGGGAAGGGGACAUAGUUGGGCUUGGGGGUAUGUGCUUUCAGGAAAUGGUGGGAUCCAGAAGCUGUGAUCUCUGUCUCAGCAUGAAUGACUUUUUGGGGAAUUCAUAGUAGAGGGCCAGGAAGAGCAUUGGCUCUGCUUAGCAGUGCCACACAUGUGGGACUGUUGCGUGCCUCUCUGGCUGCCUGUGCAGCCCUGCAGGCUGUGCCUGUUGCAGGGUUGCUGCUUACGCAUGCUACCUGCUCCUUCUUGCCAUGGGGUAAAAGGGAGAGGAAAAGGGCAAAGCUCUGAGCCAGCAACGGGUAUUGUGGGAAAACACAAAGCCUGUCAAGGCACAGGAUCCAUCUGUCUGCUUUAGGUUUAGGUGAGGGAGCUCAUGGAGAAAUGGGCCAUGGGCAGACUCCCCCUGGGGCCAAGAGACUCUUUGGGGACCAUCGUGCAAUCCAGAGCGCAUGUGCAGCCCCCACACACAGCCUGGGCCAUGCAGACAAGACUCUCCAGAGGAGAGGGGAUCUAGGAGGGCACUAGUUGCAGCUGGUUGGGCUGGUGUCUGCUCAGAGUUUGACGGGAAUUGGUGGUCAGGAUCCAGCCUGCCGUUGUAUUGGAUUCAUUCAGCUCAUUGAGGAGGCAGAUCCAUGUCUCCACCCUUACCACCCUUCCUUAGCAGAUGGCUUGUCAGGGUGCCCAGAGCCUGGGCUGUAGCGGGCAGAGGGUGAAAAACAUGAUGAACUUGCUCUGUUAGCCUUGAAGUGGAAAGACUGGCUCAUGUUCCAAGCAGAGAAGUGAGGAUCAUAUGGAAGAGGAGGAAAAUGUUGGCAUAAGGAAGAGUGACCCUGACAUCAGGCCAGCUGUGCUGAAGCAGGAGGGUUUCCAUUGUUGUUAACUCAGUCCAUGAGGGCUCCGUAUUCCUGUGUUGCCCAGCCUAUUCCCACCUUUGUGCCUCAUUCCUAUCUCUGUAUCUCUCUCAUUUUCCCUCCUAUUCCCCCCUCUAGAGAAGUGAAAAGCAUCAACAAAAAUAACUUGAUUGCCUAACAAGACUGAGACUGGAACAGAAUGAAGAUGAACAUCUUUUUCUGAUCAAACCGAGAUGGAGUUAAUCUUAGCUAUUUCCACAUCUCAUAUGCCAUAAUGCCUGCUUAGAAGACCUGAAGUGCCCUCUUUUUUUGUUGUUUUUGUUUGUUUUUUAAAUCACUGUUCUCACUUCUGUGUCUUCCCCACAGGUAGCAAAGCCCCUGUGGGAACUGAGUGGAGGAAGAAGCUUUGGUAGGCAGAAUGCUCUUCCCCCAAAGGGAAGCUGUGGCUUGCCUAAAUCCAGACUUGUUGAUGCAGCAGGAGGGAGUCUUGUCACAGUCACAGGGUCCUUGUGCCAAGCGGGUACGUGGUGGUCUUGGGCGCAGAGAGAUUAUAGAGAAAUGGGGACCCAGAUGAGAAAGGAGGUGCCUGUGCUGAGCAAGAUGAGAGCAGUAGCACUCAGGCUGCAGCAUGAGGAGAAUAUGCUUUCCCCAGGGACAGCCGGAAGAGAGCAGGUGUGUUAGCUCAUGGGAUUCAGUAGCAGAAAAGUACGGAAGGAAGAAGCUAUUACUCAUUUUUAGUCUUGGAAGGGAGCCCGAGAUCUGCUCUCAGACCUUUGGCUUUCCCUUAUCUCGCUGACAACACCACAAGCCCAGUGCCAGGCCUUGCUGAAGACAGGAGAGAAAAAGUCUUUGCAUGGGUGCUUUGGCAGCACCAGAGCCCUGUGGAGCAGGGGCUAAAGUGCACGCAUGCUGGGGCUGCACCUCGUUAUCUUCUACACUGGGAGCAGCCCCUCCUCUGAUACCAGCCCUUCCUGUGCAUGGGCAUCCUUGGGGAUUUUUAGUGCACUGCAAGUCACAUUUUCAUUGCUGAGGUAUGGCCCUUGUCUCUUGGGAGUUUCAGAUGAGCCCACAGCUGCAAUACAUGGAUCUCCUAUUCCUGAAGUACAGCCUGUUGCCUUCUCUCCCCUGUCCUCCGUUAUUUGCUCCAUCAUGUUCCACCUCUCCCUCCAAGUUGCCUCUCCCUUCUGCCCCCUUGGGCAGGAAGAGAAGGUCCUGCUGGAAUAGCAGCACUGGGGCUCUUCUGCAGGACUCUGGCCCUAUCCUCCUCCUGGACUUACUUCCUUAUUCUUAGGAAAUUAAAUUUAAAACAGACUUCUGUUGUGGUGGGAGGAAGGGGCUUUACAGAUAAAAUGCAUUCUUUUUUGUUUCUCUUUGUCAAGAAUCAUUUAAACAUUUUUUGAUUUAAGGCCAAACCAGUCAAUGUUUGUCUAAUUUGUCUGGCUAACCCUGUGUUUAUUAUCCUUAGGGAGCCAGAAUGCUUGUCAUUAAAAAUCUUCCUUCUUGUCUCUGGAGGGGACGGGGACGAGCAAGAUGACUUUUGCACAGUGAUUUCCCAAGGCGGUGGCUUGUCCCCUGUCCAGCCUUGCCUGUACCGCGGUGCCAGGGCCAGCGCACAUGGGACAGCCACCCUCCCAGACAACCUCCACAAGAGGGAACCCAAAAGCAUGUGGGUGCAUGGGUUGGUGGGAGAGGCAAAGGAGGAGGCAGGUUUGUAGCAGAUCUUCAUUUCCCAGUGCUGAACUCUGAGUGUUGAGGCUCCUUGAUUUUGUCUGAACCAGAUCCUGAAGUUUGGGAAGGGAAGGACUAAAAAAAAUCUCGUCCCACCCCUGGGAUCAGACCAGCAGAGCCCGAUGUCUGUUGGUUGUUGCAGCCACGAGAAGCAAAGCCAUGUGCUCGCUGCCUCUCUGGGAGUGAAGCUGUCUGGUGGAGGGAAGGAAAGCAUUGCCAGUCUUUUCCUGCAGCCUCUUCAGCUCUCUGCUUUUUCUUCCCCGAGACCUUUCCACCUUCAAAUUAAUCAGUGCAAAGGAGGGACAGGUAGUAGGUGAAGCAGUGUGUGGCAUCCCCAAGCCUUGCUCUUCUCUUUCUGUCUGCCCAUCUCUGUUCUUGCCUUUAUUUGUGCUUCCCACCUCAAAAAGGGAUUGUGUGCCCAUGCAUGGCUUUGGAGUGGGGAACUCAUCUUCCUCCUUCACCCCAAGUAAAGGGAAGGACAUGGGUUUUGGUGGACCUGCAGCAGGUGAGCUUGCUAAAGCAGAGGGAACAGGGCAGGUCGGCUGUCUUUGCCCCUCUGGAAGACUGAGGGUAAUGCCGUACCCAAGUGACGGACAGAAAAGCUCGUGUGGUUUUGUGCCUGUGUGGUUGGUAUGAAGGAUGACACGCUCAAGUCCACUCUCGCUGUUGCUUUCUCCGAUCCCUGUGUCCUGCUGAGGUGUUUGCUGUUGUGCAGUUCAGGCCCACCUGCUCUUUGUGUCUCUGUGGCGGGUAAAUGAGGGGACCUUGUGGCCUGCAGGUAAUGUACGAGUCGGGAUGGAGGGAGAGUGUCAGAGCAGAAUGGGUAUUUGUUCCCUUCCGCCCCCCUUGGUGUAUCCUUGUGGGAUGGUAGUGUCUCUCCCCUUCCUAAACGUCCCCCAGGCUCUAUCCCUGUGUCCCAGCCCCUGCCAGCAAUCUCUGCGGCUGCUAUGCCUCUGCACUGUGAAGACACCCGUCCGGGGUCACUCCUGGUCUGAAUAGUGAACACUGGUGGUGAAGAGGGAAGGGAUGGCUCGUCCUGGCUUCACUGACCUUAAACCUUGGUGAUAAAGGAGGGAAGUGAGCGGGAGAAUGGAUCCUGAAUCCCUUCAUGGUUGUGUUCUCCCCCCCCCCCCCCCCCCCCCCCCCCAAAAAAAACCCCAAAACCUUCCCUUCUAAUUUCUGAGACAUUGGGCAAACUUGUUCUUAUUAUGGAAAAAGAGGGGGAGCUGGAGGUAAGGGGGUGGCAGGAGGGGCUUGGAUCCAGCACCAAGAAAGGUGAGCUGUUUCUAAUGCAAUACACUGACAUUUAAAGUUUUGGGGACUACAGAUAAUGAAUUAAGAAGGGAUCUGAAAUACUCUGAGACUAAGAAUUCAAACCACUGUUUUUUUCCUUCCUGUGCGGAUGAUGGUGCAGUAUCAUCCUGGAGGUGGUCCAGCAGCACUUCUGAGCCUGGGGUCCACCUUGAUCUACUGGUGGUGUUGCCCCUGGGGUGGCCCCAGAACACCCUGCUUUGGCAAAAGAAUGCGUGGACUUGCCAAAAAUAAAAAAAAAAAAAAAAAAAAGAGCAUCUGCAAAGCUCCUUUCCACUCUGUAAUUUAUAAACAGCAAGUAAUAAUGAACUUUUUGUAAGGAUAAAUCAAAUGUACAUUCUGAAAUCAUUUUCUCUGUAAAUGGUUGGAUUUCAUUUCACCCUUAAAGGGAUGCUUAAAAGGAGGAGAUAAUAAUAAAAAUAAAAAAAUUUACAAA